AAUUCACCAAAAAUCUGCCGCCAUUUCAACACGUGGGGUUGUAGAAUUUGUAUUGGUUUUUCGUAAAUUAUAAUAUUUUACGAAAGACAACUUCCGAUCUACAUUAUUUUUCUCAAUAAAAUGAAGUACAUUUUGGUAACAGGUGGUGUAAUUAGUGGCGUUGGUAAAGGUGUGAUUUCAAGUUCGUUCGGGGCGAUAUUAAAAUGUUGCGGCAUAGAGGUUACCAUGAUCAAAAUUGAUCCUUACAUUAAUUUGGAUGCUGGAACAUUCAGUCCUUACGAACACGGUGAAGUUUACGUUUUGGAUGAUGGGGGCGAAGUAGACUUGGACCUGGGGAAUUAUGAAAGGUUCUUAAAUAUCACUUUACAUAAGGACAACAAUAUAACCACGGGGAAGAUAUAUUCGUCUGUUAUUGAAAAGGAACGACGCGGUGAUUACCUAGGAAAAACGGUACAGGUUGUACCACACAUAACUGACGCUAUUCAAGAAUGGGUUGAAAAAGAGGCACAGAAACCUGUGUCCGAUAAUGGAAAAAUUCCUGACGUUUGUAUCAUUGAAUUGGGUGGUAUUAUUGGAGAUAUUGAAAGCAUGGCAUUUGUCGAAGCAUUUAGACAGUUCCAGUUUAGAGUAAAGAGAGAAAACUUUUGUGUGGCUCAUGUAUCUUUAGUUCCUCAGCCAAAGACUACAGGAGAAUCAAAGACAAAACCAACACAGUCGUCAGUUAGAGAGUUAAGAGGACUUGGCUUAUCUCCUGACAUAAUUGUUUGUAGGUCGGAAAGACCUAUUGAAAUUAGCGUAAAGGAAAAAAUUUCAAACUUUUGUCAUGUAGCGACACAACAAAUCAUAAGUGUGCCUGAUUUGCCUUCGGUUUAUGAGGUGCCAGUUUUCAUUGAAAAUCAUGGCAUGGCCGACUUUUUGAAUGACAGGUUAAAUUUAGGUAUAGCUCCAUUGCCGCCUAGGAAAAGAUACAUGACCAAGUGGAUUGAAUUGGGGGAAAGGAUACGACAUUUGAAAUAUGAAGUUGUGGUGGCCAUUGUUGGAAAAUAUACAAGGCUAGAAGAUUCCUACACUUCCAUAACUAAAGCUUUACAUCAUGCGGGUAACAAAUUAGGUUAUAGGGUAAAUAUUAAGUUUAUCGAAGCCUCGAAUUUGGAGAAGACUAUGCUCCAGGACGAUCCAGCUUCUUAUCACAAUGCCUGGCGCGAAUUGUGCUUAUGCGAUUGUGUGGUUGUACCAGGCGGUUUUGGUAAAAGAGGAGUGGAAGGGAAGGUCGAAGCAGUGAGGUGGUGUCGACAGAAUGAUAAACCAUUUUUAGGUAUUUGCUUAGGAUUCCAAGCUGCAGUUAUCGAAUUUUCUCGUAAUCAGCUGGGUCUCGAAGAUGCACAUUCCACAGAAGUAAGUGAAGACACGAAAAACCCCGUUGUCAUCGACAUGCCUGAACACAACACUGGCGAAAUGGGUGGCACAAUGCGUUUAGGGAAAAGAACUACAGUUUUCAAGAAAUCAGCAGCCAACUCUAAAAUUAAACGGUUAUAUGGCAAUAAGGAAAAAAUAGAAGAACGUCACAGGCAUAGGUAUGAAGUUAAUCCAGCCUAUAUAGAAAGAUUAGAGAAAGCAGGACUUGUAUUUGUUGGUAUUGAUGAAAGCCAAGAAAGGAUGGAAAUCUUAGAAUUGGAAAAUCAUCCGUAUUUUGUGGCUGUUCAGUUUCAUCCAGAAUACCUGUCAAGGCCCAUGAGGCCAUCACCACCUUUCAUGGGUCUUAUUCUAGCAGCUAGAGGAGAUAAACAUAGCGACUACUCCGAUUCUGAAGAAGAAGUGGAGGUAGCGUUAAAAAAGCUCCAAAUUGAGCACGAUACGGAUAACAGCAGCGCAUAUAGCAGUUCGAGCUUACCUUAAUUUAUUUAUUUAUUUUUUUGAACUUAUUCCUUGUAAAGCUUUAUUAUUUUUUAUCUUAUUAGUAGUAGAUAACAUAUAAACUUCCAUUUAUUUUAGUUAAAUCUAAUUUAACUGCUUUCUCAAGUUCCUAUCAUAAAUCAUUUUGACAGUUGGAAUUAUAGCUCAGAGUUAAUAAUGCUUUGCUGGCAAUUGAGUUGACAAAUUGAAUGGUCGCAACUAAAGAAAAGGACGCGUCAUCAGUGAAAAUGGCGGCGCUGUCAAAGGAUUACCCAUAGAAUCUCUGGGUAUUACACUGACCACCGACCAGCAUACGGCUCUAGAAGAGGCGAUACUGGACGAAGCAGGGUUGCCACAAGAACAUUUUUGAUUUUGCAGAACUUGGCCAUAAAAAUAUGUAGCAUUGUGUAGCCAUCCAUGACCAAUAACUGUAAACUAUCCAAUAAGACGUACGUUCGUCAAAUUUUAAAGCAUGAUACGUGUCUCACUUCCACUCGUUUGUAGGUAUAGUAAACGCCACGAAUGUUUGGGAGUGAUUCAUCGCUUGAUGAAGUUAGAAUCGACACGCGCGCCAUCAUUUUUACAUUAAAAACGUAAAUUUUUACCGCAGACGUAGGUCUUU